AUGCUCAAGGGCUACGGAGGCGACUUUCUUCGGAUUGUAGAAUACAAUCAGAAUUGGCGCUUACGUUGGGAAGCCGUACUCCAGGCACUCGCAUCCGAGGGCAUUAGGAGUGUCAUGAUUGAAGGAGGCGGAUCCGUCCUGAGUGAGCUACUCAAUCCGGAGUAUACCAACUUCAUCGACUCAAUCAUAGUGACUGUGGCGCCCACCUAUUUGGGUCGCGGUGGUGUUGGUGUCAGCCCAGAUUCGAAACUCGACCAGGAGGGCAAUCCCCAUGCGGCAUUGAAUCCGCGCGAAGUGAAGUGGACGCCACUUGGGCAAAAUGUCAUCAUGUGCGGCAAGAUUGGCUCGCACGAAGCGACUCCUGGAGAUCACCAGAAUGACUCGUGA